AUGAAACAAGAGAGUGAAAGUCCUAACAUUGAAAAGUCUGAAGAAUAUGAAGAAUCCAAAAACAAAAAUGAAGAUGAAGAAAGUUUAAUGGAAGAUAACAGUGUGGAGACACAACAAAAGAACACUGAUAGAUCAGCUUCUGCCAUUUCAAAUCAGGCAGGUUGUGCAAUGCCUUCACAAAUAAUAUUAUUGAUACAGAUUCUCUUGGAUUAUGUUGGGAGAGACAAAGGAAGACAGAUUAAGAUGUCAAUUCCUCAUCUUUAA